AUGAAAGAAGAUAUAUCAAUUUUUAGUGACGCGUCUCCAAAAAGAUCUGAUUCUAUUUAUAACCAAAUUAACGCGCCGCAUUAUCGGGACUUUCUCAAUGAUAUAACUUUUGGAGAAGGAGAUUCUUG